AUGAAUGUAAGCCUGAGUGAAAUCCUCUCAAGAGCUUCUAAUCUUUCUGCAAAUAUUUUACAAAAUCCGUCUGUUAGACAGAGGGUUCUACCACCUAUCCUAAAUCAGACCGAUCUUGACCAAUAUGUUAAUUUAAUUGCUCCAAUUAAUGGAAACUCUCGAAAGAAUAUUCAAAAAAUAAUGGCAUAUGGUCUAUUCAAAGUGAAUGUGGAAAGAGAAGGAAAACAAUUUGGCGAAGAAAAUCCACAG